UGAUUCACCACGCCUUCGUGAAUUUUUUGAUUCGGUGUGUGUUACGUAAGUUUGAUAAAAUUGCCGUAUUUUUUGAGGGAUAAAUCUGCGAUUAAAAAUAAGGGGAAAAUCGGUCGGAGUAAAAAAAAAUAGUUUUUCUAUUUUUGUAUGCAAAUGACAUCGGAAAUAUAAAUUGGCGCAUGCGCGUGUCAGUUUCGAGGUAAAGUCAAUGGUACGGCACAAUCUCUAUGACAAGGACUUGGUGAAUAUGGUGCAUUUUUAGAAUUAGAGAGAUCUAUUUAGGAUAGUUUGUGUUGUGGAUAUUCACUAGCGUUUAAUUAAAGUGCGUUUAUUGAUGUUUGGCGGAUGAGAGAGGCGAUUUUCAGUUCGAAAAGUUGCAUUGGCCGGGUAUGUAAUGUAUAAUGGCGUAAACUCAGAAACCUAACCACGGAAUAUGGAUAUGAAAUGACAUUUCUCCACAAUUUAUUAACUACAGACGUUUAUUAAUCAACAUUAAAUUAACUUGUGCAAUUUUUCGAUCACCUUAAUCAGUAUAUAGUGAUUAAAACACGGAAUUUAAUAAAUAACUGUGAUAGUAACAAAAUGUGAUAUAAACGUUAGAAGAUGAUUUUGUGAAGUACAAUUUUGAGAAAAAAUCCUAUGCAUUGUUCUAGUUUUAUUAAAAAACUUUUAUAGCAGUCUACGUUCGAAGGAUUCAAGAUGGACAAAACCGACCAGAAGAAGAAUUCGAAGCGACACGGCGUAAACGACACUCACGGCAAUCGUCACAGUGUCAAUUCGAGUUCGGGCGUUUUGAUGGUGGGCCCGAAUUUUCGCGUAGGUAAAAAGAUUGGCUGUGGUAAUUUCGGCGAGCUUCGUUUGGGCAAAAAUCUCUACAAUAACGAGCAUGUCGCCAUCAAAAUGGAACCCAUGAAGUCCAAAGCCCCGCAACUGCAUCUUGAGUAUAGGUUUUACAAGCUACUUGGAAGUCAUGAGGGAAUACCGGACGUUUAUUACUUCGGACCAUGCGGCAAAUACAACGCGUUAGUUAUGGAAUUGUUAGGGCCAAGCUUGGAAGAUCUCUUCGACCUGUGCGACCGAAAAUUCUCACUUAAGACUGUCCUUAUGAUUGCGAUACAAUUGUUACAUAGAAUCGAGUACGUUCACUCGAGACAUCUGAUCUACAGAGACGUUAAGCCUGAGAACUUUUUAAUUGGUCGCACCAGUACAAAGCGGGAGAAAAUCAUUCACAUUAUAGAUUUUGGUUUAGCAAAGGAGUACAUUGAAAUUGAAACGAAUAAACACAUACCGUACAGAGAACACAAAUCGCUGACCGGCACUGCGAGGUACAUGUCGAUAAACACGCAUCUGGGCAAAGAGCAGUCCCGCAGAGACGACCUGGAGGCGUUGGGGCACAUGUUCAUGUACUUUUUGCGCGGCUCGUUGCCGUGGCAAGGCCUUAAAGCGGAAACGCUCAAGGAGCGUUACCAGAAAAUCGGCGACACAAAACGUGCGACGUCGAUCGAUGUGCUGUGCGAAGGGCAUCCCGAAGAAAUGGCCACGUACUUGCGGUACGUCAGAAAGUUGGAUUUCUUCGAAACGCCCGAUUAUGAAUACCUGAGGAACUUGUUCACCGGCCUUUAUUCGCGUAAAGGUUACGCAGAAGACGGCGAGUACGACUGGAGCGGAAAGACCAUGAGUACCCCGGUAGGAUCGCUGCAAACCACAACACACGAAGUAAUAUCACCUAGCCGAGACAGGCAUGCUGUACCUAAGACAAACAAAACAAACGCGUGGCCAGACGCUUCGAAACAAAGCACUUUGGGCGGGAUCACGCCCGCUGAUCGACACGGUUCUGUGCAGGUUGUCCGCUCCACUAACGGCGAACUGAACACCGACGACCCGACAGCAGGGCACAGCAACACGCCGAUCACGCAGCCGCAGGAGAUCGAACUGCUCGACGAAACCAAAUGUUGCUGUUUUUUCAAAAGGAAGAAGAAGAAAGGUGUCCGUACCAAAUGACUACAGUAUAGUGAAACAGACCAACACCUGACACUGUUGCCAUGUGGUCACAGUAGUGCAGCGACUUUAAAUUGACAUUAUUACAUUAGUUAUGAAUGGAAAACCAACAACGUCACUUGUUACUUGAACUAUUUAAACAAAAAAUAGCUAAUUAAUAGGUUAGCCUUAAUUAUUGAAUAAGAUAUUUUAAGUCGUACCAUAUCUGUGAAUGUAUACAGACGCCUUACUCGAUAUGUCGGUUCUGUACUUUCUUAUUUUUUUUGUUAACUUGUAUUUAUCGUUUUAUUUCUAGGUUUUUGUCAUUAUUUAUUAUUAAUUACCAAAUACUAUGUUUUAUAUAAUUAUAUAUUAAUUUUGACUAGUUUAGUGUGCGUUCUAGUAAACAUGUUUUAACAAUUAUUUAUAAUUUUAUUACUACUCAGUACUGCUUAAGCAAAGUAAAGAGUAAGGCCGAGUUUUUUAGUAUGUUUGAUAUAAAAGAUUGAUAAUGAUGAUGAUGGAAUCAUCAUACUGGACAAUGUAAAUUUAUUAUCGAGCUGUACAUAACUAUUUAAACCUACCAACAUUAUGAUAUUUAUCAUUUUUGUUCGGUUCCUUUUACUUAUUUACUUUCACAUUACAACAAACUAAACUACUCAAAAAUUCAUACACAAACAACAAACGUUUCAAAUUAGAUCAGUUCUCAUUUAAUUUUUUGACCAUUAUGUUAACAUCAUAAUAAUCUGAACACAAACAAAAAGUUGUGAUUUAAGCAUUGUAUAAAUUUGCUUUGUUGUUGAUCUCAAGUUAAACACGAUCGACUGCUUUUUCUUCAUUGACUUGUGUGAGCAGCGCAAACUCGCUGAUUUUGCGCUCAGCUAUAUGCCAACAUUAUUCCCUUAAUUUGUGGCUAUUAUUAAAAAUAUAGAAUGUUAGAACACCGUGUAUUCUUAUUUCUUAACCGUUUAUUUAUUAUUUUUUAAGUGUACUUAUAAGUAUCAAGUACUUUUUACUGCUUACUUAGGCAAUUCCAUUUUCAUUUCACUACAUUAAAUACAUUAUAACAAUAAUAUAAUUAUAUUAAAUAUUCUAGCCUCGACUAAAAUAUUUAUUAUUAUCA